AUGAAGCUUCUUCGCCCUGUAUUAUGGGCAUUGACGACCGCAUUUGUGGCCAAUGCGCACAGUCUUCCAUCACCGCAACACACUUGUGUGAUUCCCGCCUUGAAGGAUGGACGUGACGAUGCUCCUGCGAUCCGCGAGGCGUUUAGCAAAUGUGGAAAUAACGGCAAGGUUGUCUUUCAAAAAGACACCACGUACAGUGUUCAGACGGCUCUUCAAUUACAUAACUUGAAGAACGUCCAAGUUGACCUGUUCGGCACCCUUGAGUAUUCAACGGAUGUGCGGUACUGGAUUCUGCAUGGGUCGUAUUACUACUUCCAAAACAUUUCCAUCGCGAUGGAAUUCUCAGGCGAAGACAUCACGAUUGAUGGGCAUGGAUCCGGCACGAUUGACGGACAAGGGCAAGUGUGGUAUGAUCUGGCCCUGGGCGUUGGCGGAUUAUACGGACGUCCCAUCCCAUUUUGUCUGCGAAAUGUCAAGAAUGCGGUGGCGAAGAAUUUCCAAAUUGUUCAAUCUGGCAAAUGGAAUUUCGUGAUGUUGGAAUCUCAAAACGUUCUUGUGGACAAUAUUACCCUAUCAUCCACUUCCGACGAUUUCCAGGUACAGUGUAAUCUCGGCAAUACGGAUGGCUUCGACACGAUCAACAGUAACAACAUUACUAUUCAGAAUAGCUGGGCAAACGUUGGAGACGAUUGUGUCAGCUUUAAACCUGGCUCGACAAACAUUCACUAUGAGGGAGUGAGAGACGUAGUUGAGAAUAUCACGGCAGAAGAUGUUUCUCUAUACGGAAGUCGCAAUGGCGCUUACAUCAAGACUUACGUGGGCAAGCGGACCUAUUGGCCUCCGCAGGGUGGCGGCGGCGGCAAUGGCUAUGUCCGCAAUGUCGUCUUCAAGAACUUCCACAUCGAAAACAUCACCGCUUCGCCCGUAUUAAUCCAGCAGUGUACUCACUGGGCAGGAUAUAAUGUGCCAGCAUGUGCCGACACACCUCCCACGGGAUUCUUCUCGAAUAUUUCCUGGUCCAACUUCACGGGAUAUAUGAACGAAAAAGUAGGCACAAAGGCGAUUAGCUGGACCUGUUCCCCACUUGCAACAUGUGAAGGCUUUUCCUUCAAGGAUAUUAACGUCAAGUCGUCAACCGGGGCGAAUGGCACCUAUUCUUGCACCAAUGUGGUAGGCUAUAACUCAGCUUGCCAAAAAACCAACUAG